GGAAAUGCAAAUAAGCUGAGUCAAUUCUAUAUUGUUACAAUCAUUUUUCCUAUGUGAACUAAAAUUAAAAUUAAAAUAAUAAUAAAUAAAUUCGAAAGCUCGACGGAAAAUUGUGAAUUUCACGCAAGUAUUGAAUGGUGUUGUACGCAGUUGUUUAUCUCAUUGUGAUAAGUACGUUGUACUGAAUGGCACAUAAGUUGAGCUAAAAUUUCGCAUGUAAAAUAUACCAAACUCGAAAAUUAGUCGUUAUCCACCACACCAUGAAUUUACUAACGCAAUGCUGUGUGUUAUUGUUGUUGCCAUUGGUGCUAUGUGAUCGAUUACAAGAUAAAAUGUACACACCAAUAUCCGGAUCGAUAUGUUUUCGUCGAUUGAAUGCGACCCAUUCGACGGGUUGUGGUUCGACAUUGGGUGGUUCCGUGGGUGUGUUACACUUAAUCCAAAGUCCAGCUGACUUUGAGUUUGUUUGGAAUAAACCGCCGGCACCACCAUACACCUUGCUCAUGGCACCGUGGCUCUUCAAUCGUGAGAAUAUUUUGAAUAUCACCGGCCGUGCCAAAGGCAACAUUGCCGGUAUCGUACUAAUUGAGAAUGGCACCAAUUUGGCAAGUUACAGUCACGAAUUAAAGUGUCCAAAUCCAAAUAGCGGACUUAAAAAUCAAACAUGUGAUGCAAAACAAGCAUGGAAUCCAUUUGGCACUGGGUUAUUGCAUGAAAAUUUCCCAUUUCCAAUUAUUUAUGUAAAAGAACAGAAUUACAUAAAAAAUUUAACAGAUUGUUAUCACAAAUUCAAUACAUAUGAUGUAGAAAAUCAGCACAAUCGUCGUUUGUGUAGCAUUCAAAUCAAGUCAUUCAUGUCGGCCGCUGUUAAUUCGGCUGUUUGUACGAGACGCACACGGUAUAUAAAUAAUAUGAAUCCACAGCGAUACUGUGAUCCAUUGCAAAGUAAAAAUGUGUAUGCCACAUUGUUUGAACGACCCAAAGAGUUAAAAUCGGAGAAUUUGAUUUUGGUCGGGGCACGAAUUGAUACCACAUCAAUGUUCGAUGGGAUUGGACUUGGUGCUAUGGAUUCAUUGGUGCCGGCCGUUACACUAAUGAGCACCGCACAUACACUCAACAAACUGCUAGCCGAUCACAUUACCGGGAAAAAUUAUAAUGUAGUAUUCAUGCUCUUCAAUGGUGAAGCAUAUGAUUAUAUUGGAUCGCAGCGUUUUGUGUAUGAUUUGGUGAAUAAUGCAUUCCCAUCGUCAUCGAAUAACACGAUUAAACUAAGCGACAUCAAACUAUUUAUCGACAUUGGGUCGUUGGACAGUCAAAAUUCAACAACCAUUUAUCAAUUCGAUAAAUUUGAUUUGGCCGAUAAAUUUGCCAGCUUAUUUGAUGCGACAAUUAAACAAUAUAGUUUUAAUUUUGAAGUAAAUCGUAAGAUGACAACAAAUCUACCGCCAACAUCGGCUCAAUCAUUUUUACGUGACGACAAUAAAUUUCCAGCUGUGAUUCUCUAUUCGGACAAUAAUAAAAAUCGAUUUUAUCAUUCCAUCUACGAUGCGGAACAGAAUAUUGACUUUGUCUAUCAGAAUACAUCGCGGGAUUUUACGACGCUGAUCGAUUUGACGGAGAAAACCACAAUGGUACCAUCCAUUCAAUUGGCCGUACGUAAUGUGUCCACAUCGUUGGCACAUUCGUUGUAUGAACUAGUAACGGGAGCAAGUUAUACAGAACAUUUUGGAGCCAAUCCAUAUUUAAUCGAUGAAAUGCUGUACUGCUAUUUGGUAUCGGCAAAAUGUCCAUUGUUUCAAGCAACAAUAAAAGAUGCUAACAUGACCAUUCCACCAAUACCACCGAAUCGAUAUAUAAGCGUACAAAAUCCAGUGUCGUACGAGACAGUGGGUUGGACGUUGCGAGUGCUUGGAUUUUUAACCGGUCGACCAGUACCAUCGGCGACGAAAGACAAUUGCACCGUUUUUCCAUUGGUGUGGGUUUCCGGUUUUAAUCAUACCGGCGAAUGUCUACGAACCACACACGAUCUUUCAAAUGCACUAAGUCCAGCCUUUUCAAUCGAAGACUAUGAUUGGAAAUCGGGACGGUAUUCUACAUGGACUGAAUCAACAUGGAGCGAAAUAAAUGUUCGCAUUUUCUUAAAACCGGCUGUGUCACAAGAGGCAUUCACAUUAGCCAUUGGAUUUGGUGUGAUGCUGAUUUCAUUUAUUUUGGUAUUUAUUAUCAACACCAAAUCAGAUGUAUUAUUUGGUGAAAGCACCUCGUCGAUUAACGUUCUCACCCUACCAUCACAGUGCUAAGACUUUUCUUUUUUAUAAGAGACAAUUGUCUAUACUAAUAUUAGGAACUUUUUUUUCCAACACAUUACGACACAACAGGGUGUCCAUUUGACAUUUUAAUUCAAUAGUCCGAUUUAAUUGUAACAAAAACAUUUGCAUUUUUUUUUUCAUUUUGAAUUUUUUUUUCUCACCAGAAUUAACCAAAACAAUUCUAUUUCCAUUCAUAU